AUGUUACUGGAUCUUGUAUUACGUUUGCUAGCUUUCCUUGAAUGUGUAUUCUUGGUUAAUUCGGGAGUUUUUUCUUCCAAUGAAGAAUCAGCGUUGGACAGUUAUAUCAAUAAUCUCAUUGGAUGUAAAGAUAUUCCUGGCCUUGGACUUGCAGUUGUAAAAGAUUAUGAUGUCUUUUCCAAAGGGUAUGGAUUGGCUGAUAAAGAAAAACAAAUAAACGCAACCAGUUCAACAGUUUUCUGUGUGGGUUCAGUAACAAAAUCGAUGACAGCAAUGCUUCUAGCUCGUUUGAUAUCUUCUGGCAAAUACAGGCUUCGCUGGACCACAAAGAUAAAAGACGUAUUAGGGCCAGACUAUACCUUUAUAGAUGAUUGUAUUACAGACUCAGUUACUCUAGAAGAUAUUUUGUCUCAUCGCACGGGAUUGGGAUCGGCGGACCUUCUAUUACAAGCCGGGAUUCCAGAAUAUGUUACAAGAGAGCAAAUGAUGAAGAAUCUUCAUUACCUACCAAAACUACAAGAAUUUCGGGAUUCCUUCUUUUAUAAUAAUAUAGUUUACAUUCUCGCGGCACAUGUAGCUGAGAAGAGAGCUAAUAAAACAUGGGAACAAUUAAUGAAGGAGGAGUUACUAGUUCCAUUGAAUAUGACGUCAACAGUGAUAUUAGAUGAAAAACACAGCGAAACGCUAGCUGUUCCCUACAUUGUUGACAAAACUGGCAAGCUGUACAAAUCGGACGAACGACUUUAUAGCCUGCACCCUUUUGGACCAUCUGGUAGUAUUUGUGCAUCCGCUGAUGACAUGACCAAAUGGUUAAAGUUGAUCACGUCUAAAGGAAAGAUCGAUGAAGGUGCAGAACAAAUCAUUUCUGAAUACGUCUUCAAAGGACAAUUCAAUAUAAAAAGUGUACUAAAUAACAUGUGGGCUAAUGCAUACAGUUUGACACAACCACAGUUCCCAGUAGCGUUUGACUCAUUAGGUUAUGGAUAUGGAUGGUUUGUGUCAUAUUACAGAGGUUACAAAGUGUUUCACCAUUCGGGAUCCUUGUAUGGCUAUAGCUGCAAAAUUACAUAUCUUCCUGACCGCGGUAGUGCAUUCGUAUUUUUCACAAAUGGACCAGGGGAAACUAAAUUCGACGAAACUAUUAGCCCAGUGUUCUACUAUAUGUUAGAUUUAAUGUUGGGUUAUCCGAGUUGGCUCAAUGAAACAACAGCCUGUUCAUACCCAGCUCCUUGGAGGAAUUACCGUAGUAAAAGGUCUUCUCAAGACGUUACGUCGGUUUCGGGUAAAGAAUUACAGGAAACAGACAUGCAUACUGGUGAAUACAGCCACCCGUUGUACGGAAGUGUGACUAUAACUAUAACCAAUAACACCCUCCAUAUCAGCUACGGUUUGUUGUUGACAGGCAAACUUAUUCCAACGUCAUCUUCAUUUCAGCUUCAGUUGUUUCAGCCUUUACGUGAUGUUUUUCUUUCUAUCCUUAAUGUAUCAUUUCAAAAUCUUUCGAUUCAGAACAAAUAUCAAAAUAUUGAAUUUUUAUCCUUAUUCGAGAAGUAUACGUUUUCAAGGGUUGAUUAUGAAAGUGAGGUCAGCGGUUCCAAUAUAGUAAAUUGUCAACUGAAAUUUGUUUUUGUAUUGAUUGUGCUUAUGCAAUAUAUUUGA